AUGGCGACCUCAGCAGUGCAUGUUCCCCUGCGGGACUCGUUCCAUUCAAAAGAUUUCAAAGCUAUCGAUAGAUAUCGCCUGAACAUCAUCAGGAAGGCUGCAGCCUGUCCACCCGGGAAACUAGAUCCCCUUAUACAAGAAUUCAGGCAGUUGAUCGAAAGCAAUGAGACAUUGAAGAACCUAGCAGAAAAUAUGCUCCAAGAAGUACCACCGACUCCCACCUAUGAUUUUGAUCCAAGUGGCCAAUUUGCGAGAAUUAACAACAUUGAUGACAUGCUCAAAUGCCUCAAUGCGGUGCUGUAUAGAGCACCGCAUUGGAACGAUGACGCACACAAAGCUGGUCUCAUCGGGGUUCCCUUCAAUGCCAUCCUGAACUGGCCCAUGGCCACGCCAAGCGGAUACAACUUCUUCAGAUACGACAAUGUGAAUAGGUGUCUUGAGAAGAUUCUCAACGCGCACGGGGAAUUUCUGAAGAGCCCCCAAUCUAGAGAUGCUUUGCCCAGUUGGUUUGAACCUGGACCUCUUAGCAUCCUAACAGAGAAGGCUUCUCCGUACUGGCCGGAUGGCAAAAAGAAGAACUUUGACCAAAUCUACAUCACAGAUGCUGGCGACCGUUGCCGCGGCUUUCAGUCAUGGGACGCCUUUUUCUCUCGUAAAUUUCGCGACGGUAUCCGUCCGGUCGAAUACCCAGACAGGAACCACGACAUGGCCGACAGAAAUAAAAAUGUUAUUGCAAACGCCUGCGAGUCUGUUGCCUACCACUGUGCCUCCAAGGUGCCAAGGAGCGCCGAGUUUUCUUUGAAAGAACAGCCAUACUCGCUUCAAGAUAUGUUAGACGGUAACUUCGUCGAAGACUUUGUUGGCGGCACGGUAUACCAAGCUUGGCUGGCCGCUGAGUGCUAUCACCGCUGGCACUCCCCAGUGUCUGGAGAGAUCAAAAAGGCAGUAAGAAUACCAGGCACGUACUUUUCCGAGCUUCGAGCAUACGGCUUCCCGGAAGUCGAAGGGCAUCGCGAGAUACCGGACCCUUCCUCACCGAAUCUCUCCCAGCGUUACAUCACCGCCGUUGCCACUAGAGCACUUAUCUUCAUUGAAGCCGAUAAUCCGGUUAUUGGGCUUAUGUGCUUUAUCGCAGUUGGAAUGGACGAGAUUGCUAGCUGUACGUUUUCAGUCAAGGAAGGCCAAAAGGUCAUGAAAGGACAGGAACUUGGCUCGUUUCACCUUGGAGGAUCAUCCCAUUGCCUCGUUUUUGGACCCCAGGUGAGCCUGAGUUGGACUAGAGAUGCGCAAGGGCCAUUCAGCGACACGGAGUUUGAUAAGCAUACCAUAAUUCCGGUUAACAAAUGGUUGGCAUACGCAUCGCCUGCUUCGAUGUGA